AUGUCUCGCCCUCAGGUCAGCAUCGACCGGCUUAUGCCCCGCCGCGCGACAAUCGAACCGCGCGAGGCAAUGAACUGCAAAUCGUGUCGCAAACGAAAGAUCAAAUGUAAUCGCUUGCGACCCAGUUGUGAGGCCUGCAAAGUCUUUCAAUGUGCCUGCGUAUAUGAUGCAAUCCCCAAAAAACGCGGCCCCAAAACAGAUGUGUUAGAAGCUCUCCUCAAGCGCGUGGACGGUCUAGAGAAAAGACUCCAGGAUGAAAAGAAUCCCAUCUCGCCUACAUCUCCUGAUAAAAAGCCCGAGGAGCAGCUCCCGCUCCCGCUAAGCCAACCAAAUGGCCGUCGCAACACUAUCGAUACCACCUCGACUUUCUCCCCCUACCCCUCCGGGGCCUCCGGGGACUCACGACCUUCAAUAUCCACCCCUUUGUCGCAGGCAGAUCAGUUCCCCAGAUCCGCAGGCCAUGCUUCAUCGCUGAGCUUCUCCCAGCCCUCUCAUAGUCAGAAUGGUGUCUUGUCCGAAAUGCUUUUGGAUGCCUACUUUACGCGAUUACAUGGGAAGCCCUUUUAUAUUUUGGACGAACCAAGUACGCGACAGCGUCAUCAGUUAAAUCAACUCCCCGCGCAUUUGUCUAUGGCUAUCUCGGCCAUGACGUUAAGGUACACGCAUACGCUUGGCCAACCAGAACAGUCUAUACAUAUGGGUUUGGACGCUGCUUUACAAGCGCGCCGGAUCGUUGAUGUAGACAAUCCUACAGUAGAAGCCUUACAGACUCUGCUCUUAUUAUCACAGGCUUUCUUUGCCUAUGGACUGGGCAAGAAAGCCUAUAUGACAUUUUCAAGUUGCGUGGCAAUGGUGGUGGCUUUGGAUUUGCUUCGCGAAGUCCCCUCCAAAGCUAGUCUCUCGCUUCAAGAGCGUGAGAUGAGGCGUCGGCUAUUUUGGUCUGUUUAUCUCAUGGAUCGAUUUAUUGUAUGUGGGUCACGACGCCCGUGUCUCAUUUCGGAUAACUCCAUCGUCUUGCGCCUUCCCUCAUGGUCUCCACACGCUGCGGGUCUAAAUAUGGAAGGGGAGUUAUUCCAUGUUGGUCCCAACAUUCAAUACUCGGCGGAUUCGCGCCGGAAAUCCCCGAGUGCUGCAUCCCUACUGAUCGACAUUACCCGUAUCCUUGGGGUGACAAAUCGAUAUUUGGCUGCUGGGGGAGUCAAGGGCGAUUCCCAUUUCCCUUGGCAUGCGCUUUCGAACUUAUCCAAGAUUAGACAAGAGUUGGAUAUCUGGGCUGCAGGGACACAGGAUGUCUUUGCCUCGAUCGAGACAUUGUUCGGCCAUCGAGAGAGUACCACACUACUACUCAGCAAAUUGAUCUACCAUCUGGUUCACUGUCUCUUGUACCGUCCAUUCUUGCCUAUCGAUCUCGUGGAGCUGAGAGGAACGGGUCAGCACCAGUCAUGGCAGAUCGAGGCCACUAAUCUGUGUUUCUCCCACUCGAAUGCCAUUGCAGAGCUCGUGGAAUUGGGUCGCAAUUCUCCGCUGGUUGAAUGGCCUGCCUUUGUCGGUUACUGUGUGUGUACCGCUGGUACGGUGCAUGUUCAUGGCGUACACUACAAAGGCCGUGAGGGCGAGGUCUUCUCAUCAAGUGCUGAAUUUUUGACCCGCGAGAUGCACCAACUGACCUGGCUUCGAAAUGCCUGGGCGGGCGUCCAACAUCAACGUGAAUUGCUUCAAACAAUCUACACCUGCCACGCUGAGCUGGUUCGUAAUCUCGCGAGCAGCCCAAUGCGCUUUUCUCCCGUUUUCCACCUCGAAGACUUCCUCGACAGAUAUCCUGGUUUGACCCUGGAUGGAGCCCAUGUCCGGUUAUUAGAUACAGGGGACGAACUUCGCCCAAGUGGCCCCAACAUGGUCGAUCGCCAAGAUCAAUAUUACCGCCCCAUGGCACCCCCAUUAUUCCAAAACCCAGGCUUCUACCCCAACACAAGGCCAACACCCCCGCCUUUCCCAUCAAAUCAAAGCCCCGACUCCGAAAGACACAAUUCCGCCUCUCACUCUAUGGUCAAUAAACAAACCCAAAAUCACAACCCAACAUCCCUCUCUCCAACCCUCCAAUUCCACCAGCCAUCUCCCUCCCUCUCCUCUCUCUUCCCCGUCCAAGGUUCAGGCGACCUAUCCCCCGGCACACAAGACACCAACAAUCACCUCGCCCUCCCCUUCUCCCCAUCAGCAUUCGGCCUCUCCCCGCCCGCUUUCCUCACAGACUCCGCAUUAAGCAUCGCUCCCACCCCUCCAUCAAAUCCACAAUACGCUACCUUCCCCUUCGACACUACCCACGCAAACCACAAUGCAACCACCGCUCUGACACCAGGUGCGCAAUCACAAACUAGUGGCUCGCAUACGGGUGGCAGUGAGACGGGUAGUUUGGAGAAAGAUCCCUUCUUGAGUUUGUUGGAGCAGCUUGCUGAGAAUGAGCACUCGCAGGGUGGUCCAAGUGAACUUGAUUUCUUCCUGGGGAAUGUGGACCAGGAGCCGGAUAUUGAUAUUAAUGUUAAUCCGGAGAAGGGUGAACUGUAG